AUGUACGCACAGAGGCACGGGGAGGCCGCACAAAAGGACGCGGGGACCCGCUGGCCAGGUGGGCAUGGAGGCCUGGGGAGGAUGCACAAAAGCUUGCAGUGCCUGCGGGCCCAGCUGAGCACAGACGACCGGGAGACUUCCAGAAAGCCCACAGCGGAGGGCGAGCGGAGCUGCUUCCCGCGGCGCGAGUUCUCCUUCACGCUGCGCGACGACGUCUACCUGCGCUUCCAGUCCUUCGGCAGCCCGCAGGAGCUGGAGCGGGAGCUGCACAAGGUCAACCCCUACAAGAUCGACAUCGGCGCCGUGUACUCGCACCGCCCCAGCCAGCACAGCGCGCUGCCGCUCGGCGCCUUCCAGCCGCGCGAGAAGGAGCUCGUCUUCGACAUCGACAUGAGCGACUACGACGACGUCCGCACGUGCUGCAGCGCCGCCGACAUCUGCGCCAAGUGCUGGACCCUGAUGACCGUCGCCGUGCGCGUCCUCGACCGGGCGCUCGUGGAGGACCUGGGCGUGAAGCACCGGCUCUGGGUGUACUCGGGCCGCCGGGGCGUCCACUGCUGGGUGUGCGACGAGGCCGUGCGCCGGUGGUCGCCGGCGCUGCGCGGCGCCGCCGCCGAGUACCUCUCGCUCGUGAAGGGCGGCCCCGACACCGUGAAGAAGGUGACGCUGACGGAGCCCGUGCACCCCUUCAUCAGGCGCUCCGUGGCCGUGCUGGAGCGCUACUUCGCCGCCUACGCGCUGGAGGGCCAGGACGUGCUGGGCAGCCGCGAGGGCUGGGAGAAGGUGCUGGCGCUGGUGCCCGACGAGCACCGGGAGCCGCUGCGCGCCGACUUCGCCGCCAAGAAGGACUCGGCCCAGCGCUGGGAGCUGCUGCGCGCCAGGAUGGAGCGGACGCGGGCGGGCAAGGGCGCCCCGUGCUACGCGGACUGGGAGAUCAUGCUGCAGUUCUGCUUCCCCCGGCUCGACGUCAACGUCAGCAAGGGCCUGGGCCACCUGCUCAAGAGCCCCUUCAGCGUCCACCCCAAAACUGGGCGCGUCUCGGUGCCGCUCGACUUGCAGAGGCUGGAGCAGUUCGACCCGUUUGCCGUCCCCACCAUCAGCUCCCUGUGCCAGGAGCUGGAUGAGGCCGGAGAGACGGGGGAGGGCGGCGCGGGCGAGCCCCGGCGGCGGGGGGGGCCCCCCCCGGCGCCGGCCACCUCCCCCCCCAAAAAGCAGCUGCCUCCCGCCAAGCCCUCCAAGCUGGCGCCCCACGCCCCCCCUGCCAAGCCUGCGGGCACCGCCGCCACCGCCGAGGACGACCUGCCGCCCCUGAUCCCCCCCGAGGCUCCGGGCGCGGAGCCGCUGCUGCAGCCCGUCCCGGUGGAGCCGGUGCGGCGUGCGGCCGCGGCGCCCGCCGAGGCUCCGGCCAAGCGGCCCGCGCACCAAGCCCUGCAAGAGAAGUUGCGCCAGAGCAGUUUGGUUCUUUGUUCUUGCUGUGCCCGGGCACUCGGCCGCCUCUCCGCGAGGCCCCGCGCUGCCGAGGGUGACGCGUUCCUUUCACUAGGGUCCGGGACAGAAUCCGACAGCGAUGAAUCCGUACCAGAACUCGAAGAGCAGGACUCUACGCAGGCCACGACACAGCAGGCGCAGCUUGCGGCAGCAGCCGAAAUAGAUGAAGAACCCGUCAGCAAAGCCAAACAGAGUCGGAGUGAAAAGAAAGCACGGAAGGCAAUGUCUAAGCUGGGCCUUCGCCAGGUCACAGGGGUAACCAGAGUCACCAUCCGGAAAUCGAAGAACAUCCUCUUCGUCAUCACGAAGCCUGACGUGUACAAGAGCCCCGCAUCAGACACCUACAUCGUGUUCGGCGAGGCAAAGAUCGAGGACCUGUCCCAGCAGGCCCAACUGGCAGCUGCUGAAAAGUUCAAGGUGCAAGGAGAGGCCGUGUCGAACAUCCAGGAGAACACACAGACGCCCACCGUGCAGGAGGAGAGCGAGGAGGAGGAGGUUGACGAGACCGGCGUUGAGGUGAAAGACAUCGAGCUGGUCAUGUCGCAGGCGAACGUGUCCCGAGCAAAGGCAGUGCGUGCCCUGAAGAACAACAGUAAUGACAUUGUAAACGCUAUAAUGGAGUUGACGAUGUAGCUGUCGGCGGGAGGAGCCUUUUUUGGUGUUUCAGAGAAGAGUAGAAUGCAACUAAAUUUAAAAUUUGUACUAUUUCUAUCCAUUAAUAAAAGUGGUGGCUUAUUGUUGGUGAAA